AUGUUUGUUGGAAAGUUUUGUCUGAUUUCAAACGAAAAGAUUCUUAUAUUUCUUGGGACAAAUUCCAGCAUAAUCAUCGUUUCGAUAUCCGAUGAGUUUUUCAUUCGUGAUACUAUCGCAUGGCCGGCGGUCCAACAUCACUCAAACGUAAAUUUUAAAAAAGGCCAUUGCGAUUCUGUUAUCUACUCAGUUAUUCAACUAAAGCCAGAUUUGUACGAAAUAUGUGGAAAAUUCGAUAUAAAUGUACGCUGUAGUAUUGUAAUGAAGAAAGGGCUAGUUUGGUCGUCUUUGUUAGAAGAGCACGUGUUUCUUGGAUAUCUAAAUAGCAGGAUAAUUUAUGAUUAUUCAGAUGGUUAUUUAACAUUAGCCUAUUUGUCCAAUAUAUAUAUCCCUAGGUUAGAAGUAAAACAACUUAAUCUAAUAUCAAAUAGAAUUGUUAAUGUUAAUGAAACUUUACAGGAUGAUACUUUACAUCAUUUAACGGAUGAUUCUAAUAUAUAUGAUAAUGAUUAUUGGUCUUUACAUGGAAAUUCCAUACGUUGGAAUAAGUUACUUGAAACAAGCAAACUGAAAAAUUCACAUUUUACCGAAGGUUAUGAGUUUAUGUUUUAUAAAAUUUUAUCUUUACCUGGUAAAAGAUAUGUUGUAUUUCAAGAACCAGCAAUAGAAACUCAACUUAUGGAGAACCCAUGGACAUCUGAACGUAAGAUUGUAUACACACGUAUAGCUCGUAUUUGCACAGAAGAUAAAGGAUUUCUUAUGCCAAAUGAUGGAAGUAAACUAUUCACAUCAUUUUUUAAGACAAGGCUUAUAUGUCAAGUUCGUACAAAAACAAAAAACUUAGACGGAUCAUCUAGUAUAUCAUCGACCAAUCGUGAUUUUAAUUAUCUUGUUGCCUUAUCAACAAGUUAUAUACCACAAAUUAAAAAUGAUUUACUUAUCUAUGGUUUAUUCUCAGCUCGUGAUCCUCAAUUAAAUAAUGAUAUAUCAUUAAAAUUAACCAAUAAUUUAGUACCAUCUGGACCAUUAGCAUUAUGUAUAUAUAAACUAUCUACAGUGGAUAAAAUAAUUGAAUCCAGUGAUUUAAUGUUACGUUUACCAACCUAUUCACCAUUCUAUUAUAAUGAACAAAUGAUGAAUAGGAUAAAUGGGAAUUAUUCAAAAUUCCAUGAUGAAAGUCAUUUGUUUCCACAUGGUAGAUAUAGAUAUACAAAUGGAUUCAAACGAAUAAGUCGUAAUAAAUAUCCAUAUUUAAAAAAUCUUACAAAGUGUCCAGGUUUAACUACUACAAAUAAACGUUUAUCAUUAGAAGCAUCUUUAUUAAUUGAUUCAGUUUAUCCAGAAAGAUUCAAUAUUUUCGGUAUGAUUGAAACACGUUCACAAAUUACCGCAUUUAUUAUUGAUCCACGUCAUGUUGCCAAAAUUUAUCAAGAUAAAACACAACCUGGACAAAUAAAACAUAUUCGUUAUACAAUUUUUUAUAUUGGAACAAAUAAUGGUGAUGUGUUUAAAAUGUUAUUAUUCAAUGAAAUUGAAGACAGUUCCCCUGAAUACUUCCAAUAUGCAUCAAAUUCUUAUGGAAACAAUUCAACUUCAACUAGACGAUUAUUAUCUCAUUUCAAUAUACCUCAAUCGGCCUUAUCACUGACUACUUCUGGUAAUAUACAUAUUAUAAGCCAAUUAUUAAUAUCAAAAAAGCAUAAUCAUAAAAUUACAAAUCUAUUAUUAUUACAUAAAUCUCAUUUAAAUAGAACCAUACAAAUUCGAUCAAGUAAUGAAGAAUUUAAUUAUUCUACAAUGGAUGUAUUUUCAUUACUAAUAUUUACUGAUGAUACAAUGAUACAAAUUGAAUUAAGUCAAUGUGAUAAAGUAAAAACAUGUAGAGAGUGUUUAGCACUCAGAGAUCCAGACUGUUAUUGGAAUAAAUUGUUACAGAAAUGUAACAUUAAUUCAGAAGGGUUGAGUAAUAUUCUAACUGGUUUUCACAAUGAUUGUGGAGAAUCAAAAAAUGGUGUUGAAUCGGAAAUUCUUGAAAAUUCUAAAAAUUUAAAUCACAUCCGAAAAUCAGAUUCAUCUAAAAUUCCAGUUGAUUUACCAGCUAAAGGGAAUUUUUCUACUGGAUUAUUAGUUCCAUUUCAAAAUAUUUGGAACUUGUUAUUCCCCGGAUUUGUCGGCAUUAUUAUCGGUUUGAUUAUAGGUAUAAUACUUUUUAUAAUUAGAAAAAAGUAUCUAAAAUUAUCCCAUUCUCGAAGAUUGUCAAUGACAACUAGCGAAUCUACUACAAAUGAAUCAUUUAAACAAAUACAUAAUUUCACUCAUAAUCAUCACCAUAACUUUCCAAUUCAUCAAUCUAAACAACUUCAUGAAAUAUCAACUUCACAUCUUAAAUUUUUAACCAAUUCAAAUAUACCUAUGAUAGAUAAUCGUGAUUUGUUAUUGUCUCAACUCAACAACCGAUCCAUUCCUUGUGGAAACCAAGCAACAAUGGACACAAUGAAUACGAAUAAUAAUAAUAAUAAUAAUAAUAAUAAUAAUAUAGAACUAUUAACUCCACCUAAACACCAUAUCCCUUCCAAUUUACCAUUUGAAGAUAAUCAUUUAAAUCUAAUACAUUUAAAUUCAAAUAAAAUAAGUAAUUCUCUUAGAAACUAUUCUUCGAAUAACAAUAAUGAAAUGAAAGAUUCAGAGAUUACUACUAAUAAUAUUGUUAGUAGUAUAUAUAAUGUUGAUUUAACAAAAAAUAUAAAAAAAUCAGAAUUAUUCACAUUUCUACCAUCAUCAACAUCAAUAUUACAAUAA